AUGGCCCGGCCGGGCUCGGGGCUGUCGGCGCGCGGCGGGCCGGGCUUCGCGGCGCCGCACGUGGCGCGCGUGGUGGUCUGGGAGUGGCUCAACGAGCACGGGCGCUGGCGGCCCUACUCGGCCGCCGUGUGCCACCACAUCGAGAACGCGCUCAAGGAGGACGCGCGGGGCAGCGUGCUGCUGGGCCAGGCGGACGCGCAGCUGGCGCCCUACGUCCUCGACCUGCAGGCCAUGCAGCAGCUCCGGCAGGACACGGGCACCCGGCGCCCGGUGCGCAGGAACUUCUACGACCCGUCGUCGGCGCCUGGCAAGGGCAUCGUGUGGGAGUGGGAGAGCGACGGCAGCUCCUGGACGCCCUACGACAUGGAGCUCUGCAUCACCAUCCAGAACGCCUACGAGAAGCAGCACCCCUGGCUCGACCUCUCCUCGCUGGGCUUCGGCUACCUGAUCUCCUUCGGCAGCAUGGCGCAGACCAACCGGCAGACGCAGCGCCGCCGCCGCCUGCGCCGCCGCAUGGACCUGGCCUACCCGCUCACCGCCGGCUCCAUCCCCAAGUCGCAGUCGUGGCCCGUGGGCGCCGGGCCGGGGCAGCCGUGCCGCUGCCCCCAGUGCCUGCUGGUCUCCAGCACCCGCGCCGCCUCCAACGCCAUCCUGGCCUCGCAGCGCCGCCAGCCCUGCGCCGCGCCGCCGGCCGGCAGGGCCGAGCCGGGCCGGGCGCCCGCCCGCAGCCACAGCGCCCCGGGCGCCCCGCCGCCCGCCCUCAACAACCUCAACCGGCCCGGCCCCCGGCGCCCCCCCGCCCGCCCCGCCGGGCCCCCCGGGGUGCCUGCCCUCCCGGUGAAGAACCUCAACGGCCCGGGCCCGGUGCACCCCGCCCUGGCAGGCAUGACGGGCAUCCUGCUGUGCGCGGCGGGGCUGCCCGUCUGCCUCACCCGCGCCCCCAAGCCCGUGCUGCACCCGCCGCCCGUCAGCAAGAGCGACAUCAGGCCCGUGCCCGGCAUCCCCGGCGGCUGCAGGAAGACCAAGAAGAAGCACCUCAAAAAGAGCAAGAACCCCGAGGACGUGGUGCGCCGGUACAUCCAGAAGGUGAAGACCCCCCCGGACGAGGAUUGCACCAUCUGCAUGGAGCGGCUGGGGGCCCCCUCGGGCUACGAGGGCGUCCUCAGCCCCCGGGGCGCCAAGCCGGAGCUGGUGGGCAAGCUGGGCCGGUGCGGCCACAUGUACCACCUGCUCUGCCUGGUGGCCAUGUACAGCAACGGCAACAAGGACGGCAGCUUGCAGUGCCCCACCUGUAAGGCCAUCUACGGGGAGAAGACGGGCACGCAGCCCCCGGGGAAGAUGGAGUUCCACCUCAUCCCCCACUCGCUGCCGGGCUACACCGGCUCCAAAACCAUCCGCAUCGUCUACGACAUCCCCACGGGGAUCCAGGGCCCCGAGCACCCCAACCCCGGCAAGAAGUUCACGGCGCGCGGCUUCCCGCGGCACUGCUACCUGCCCGACAACGAGCAGGGCAGGAAGGUGCUGAAGCUGCUGCUCGUGGCCUGGGACCGGCGGCUCAUCUUCACCGUGGGCACCUCCAACACGACGGGCGAGUCGGACACGGUGGUGUGGAACGAGAUCCACCACAAGACGGAGUUCGGCUCCAACCUCACCGGGCACGGCUACCCCGACCCCAACUACCUGGACAACGUCCUGGCCGAGCUGCUGGCCCAGGGCGUCUCCGAGGCCAGCCUGAAGGACUGACCGCCUGCCGCGCCGCUUCGCCCCGCCGCGGGCACCCCGCUCCGCCGCCGCACCGUGCUGCCGGCCGCCGGCGCUUCCUUUGCCGCCCGUGGGCUC